UCAUGCCAACGAGAAAAAUAAAAGUUGGUUUGGCUUAUUUUGUCUCUUCAUACAUCCAUAUAUUUCACACAGUAGAAAUGGCUGCAGUUGAGAAACUGAGAAGUGUUAUCAACGAGCGACUAGCUGCAGCUGCCGAUGAAAUAUUGGAAGUUUUUGCUCAAGCUUUAUCAGCAUACGAGGAGGAGAUUUGUCGUCAGCGCAGAUUAUUGGAUACCGUCUUGAAGCCUCAGAUAAAGCUGCACAAAACAGAGCUCCCUCAGCAACAUGUCUGUAAUGAGGAUGAGGUUCUCACUGACCAGCAGCUCUAUAGUCAGGAAAGGAACUCCAGUCUGGACCAAGAGGACCCAGAGCCUCCACAGAUUAAAGAGGAACAGGAGGAACUUUGCACCAGUCAGGAGGAAGAGCAGCUUGAACUAAAGCAGGAGACUGAUGUCUUCAUGGUGACUCUUACUGAUGAGGAAAGUGUGCACAGCAGACGGACUUGUGCAAAAGAGUCUGUAGGCAACAUGCCAGUUAUAAGCGUUGUGGUAUCAGAAGCACAAAGUCAUCUGCAGCUCAUCUCUCACAAUUCUGAUGACUCAGGGUUAACAAGAACUGCAGAUCCAGAAAUAAACAAAAGACAUCACAAAACCAAAAGGAACAAUGUAAACAACGCUAACUUGUCAGACAUGCAACGUAAUACUUGCACAGUGAAAAAUAAUUUAAAAUGUCAAACUUGUGGGAAAGAUUUUAAGUACAUGUCAGUAUUACGAAGACACAUGACCACCCACACGGAUGAGAAGCCAUGUGUUUGCGUGACCUGCGAGAAAAGCUUCAAUGAGAUGUCAAAAUUAAAAAGGCAUAUGAAAUUCCACACAGCUGAGAAGAAAUAUACUUGCAAAACAUGUGGGAAAAAAUUCAAAUUGAACUGUGACUUUAAGAGACACAUGAGAGUCCACACGGGUGAGAAACCGUAUGUUUGCGUGACCUGCGGGAAAAGCUUCAAUGAGACGUCAAAAUUAAGAAGGCAUAUGAGAGUCCACACAGGUGAGAAACCGUUUACUUGUAAAGCAUGUGGGAACAAUUUCGGACAUAACCAUGGAUUAUUGAUCCACAUGAGAAGGAUUCACGCUGCCAAGAAGGCAUAACUUUGAAUUGAAAAGGUAUUACAUGGUUUACACCAACAAGUAGAUUUCCAUAUGUACCCACACAAGUGACAAGGCACAUAAAUGCAGCACUUUUUUCAUCUGGAUGAAUGUUCACCAGGCAGCUACCUCUGGGACUGAGCAAUGCAACCUAUGCUGAAUAUUUAAAAAACUGCAAUUAAGUUGCAAAUAGAUUUCUUUAUGUUUUCAACAUGUCAUUUUGUUUUCUAUAUUUAUGUAUUUUGUAGUGGAAUCAAAUAGUUUUUUUUGUUAUUUUGGUUUCAAGGUGACAUUCAAGCUGAAGUUGGAAAUAAUCUACAUUGUGCUUUAAUGAAUAGAAAUGAUCGGUGCACUUAAUGCUGUGUGAUCUAAUGUAUGUAUCUAACAAUAAAGCUUUGUUUGGUGAUGAUGUAAGAAUACCAGAUUCACCCUAAACGCUAAAGAUAUAAGCAAAUGAGGGUCAUCCAGGCAGCUGGUAUGACUGACAUAAUAAGUAAGUGGAUGUAAGUUGUUACAAACAGUAGAUGUUUAAAUGAUGUCCACAUGGGCUUGAGCUUAAGUUAUUAUAUUAUUUAAAAACGUUGAUUAGUUUGAUCACCAGAGUUGCCUCAUAUUGAACUUUGGUAAUACUAAUAAGAGAUUGCAUUUGAAUCACAAGUAAGAUGUUGAACUAAAAACUAAAUGGUUCUCAGAUGGCAUCUUAUUGCUUUCCUUUCAUGCAACAUCAAGUUCUACUUUUCAUUUUACAGGAGAAUACUUUCCAAGCCGGUACAUUCAUUUGACGGCUAUAAAUUAAAUGAAAAACGUCUAUCAAUUUUUCUGAUUAAGGUUUUCCAUGAAAAAGUGUUCACACAUUACUAUGUAAAGUCGUUCCACCCUUGUACUGUGUUUUUUAUUUAAUUUAAAACAUUGUAUUUGCAAUGGCUUAAAAAAUAUGAAUCAUGUUAAUGAAAGCUAUUAAAUAGAGCCUUCUCAUUUCCUUUAUUAUAAUGAAUGUUGAAAUAGCACAGCAAGGUUACAAUGGCCUCAGUAAAAUUCACAUGUUAAAUUUGCACAGAUUCACUGCCACUAACCAACAUCUCAGUUAUAAUAUUAAAAUCUGAAUCUGACAGAAAGGGCCCAGAUUCAUCCCAACCAAAGUGUCCACUACCUUUCUCACAACUCUCACAGAGUCGAAAGCCAUGCAAGAGCAAUUCACAAGAAGACCCGUACUGAUCAGGAACCAGAGAGCAAAUGUUUAAAAUGAGGAGUUUCAUGAUUUCUUAAAGUAAAAAAAUCUACACAAGGUCCCACACCGGUUUACAGAGUUGGGAGGAGUACUCAUCGUGUACUUCAGUAAAAGUAGAAUUACAAGAGUCUAGGAAUAUUCUGUUACAAGUUAAAGUCCUGCAUUCAAAGGUUACUCAAGUAAAAGUACAAAAGUAAAAGCACUUAUUAUGCAGAUUUCCCCUUACAGAAUAAUAUAUAUUAUAUAUUUUAAUAAUAGUUAUUGAUGCAUUAAAGUGUUUAUCAAAGCUGGUAAAGGUGCAGCUAGUUUUAAUCACUUUGUUUGCUGCAGGGUAGAUUGUGAAUUUACUCCAGGUGUAACUAAAGUCUUAUUUAAGUGUUGUGUAUAUAUAGAUUACUUGAUCGGCAUUACUUGCACAUUGGUCUUGCAACAUAAACUUCUUCUACUCUUUUCUACUGUUUCGUCUUGCACUAUAUUUAUUUUGUAUUUGUAUUUUUUGUAUCUGUUUUAUU